AUGGAAUCACCACAGCAGGAGCCCAUUGCCGUGAUCGGCAUGGCAUGCCGCUUCCCGGGAGGCUCGGAUUCUCCUUCGAAGCUCUGGGACCUGCUGCGAUCGCCUCGCGACCUUGUAAAGCGUGUCCCGACCGACCGCUUCGACUCCACGGCGUAUUACCACCCCAACGGCUCCCACCACGGCGCCACCGACUGCCAAGACGCAUAUUUCCUCGACGAGGACCCCGCCGAGGCCGAGGCCAUGGAUCCACAGCAGCGCCUCCUGAUGGAAACCGUUUAUGAUUCGCUGAGCGCCGGCGGGCAGACCAUCGAGGGUCUCCGCGGCUCGCGGACGGCUGUGUACGUAGGCCUAAUGUGCGACGACUGGGCGCAGCUGACCAGCCGCGACUGGGACCUGGUGCCGACGUACGCGGCGACGGGGCUGAGCCGGGCCAUCGUGUCGAACCGGGUCUCGUACUUCUUCGACUGGCACGGCCCCAGCGUCACCGUCGACACGGCCUGCUCGUCCUCGCUCGUGGCUGUCCACCAGGGCGUCGCGGCGCUGCGCAGCGGCGAGUGCCCGGUCGCGGUGGUGGCGGGGACGAAUCUGAUAUUGGCUCCCGGAAUGUGGAUCGCCGAGAGCAAGCUGCACAUGCUGUCGCCUACGGGGAGCAGCAAAAUGUGGGAUGCCGCGGCCGACGGCUAUGCCCGCGGCGAGGGCGUUGCGGCGGUGGUGCUGAAGCCGCUCAGCGCGGCGCUGAGGGACCGGGACCACAUCGACUGCGUGAUCCGCGAGACUGGUGUGAACCAGGACGGCCGGACGGCGGGCAUCACGAUGCCCAACGGCAACGCCCAGGCAGACCUCAUCCGCGACACGUACCGACGCGCCGGGCUCGACAUUACCGAUCCGACGCAUCAUCCGCAGUAUUUCCACGCCCACGGCACCGGCACGCCUGCUGGUGACCCGCAAGAGGCUGAGGCCAUCUCGCGUGCCUUUUUCGGAGGCGAUAAAGUCAAGAGUCAGGAUCAGGAUCAGGAUCUGGAUCUGCUCUAUGUGGGCUCGAUCAAGACCGUCAUCGGGCAUACCGAAGGCGCCGCCGGUCUCGCCAGUCUGAUUGGCACUGCUCUGGCCAUACAGCAUGGCAUCAUCCCCGCGAAUCUGCACUUUAAUACGUUGAGCCCUCGCGUCGCGCCGUUCUGCGCCCAUCUCCAAGUUCCCACCAGGGCACAGCCCUGGCCGAAUCCGGGCCCAGGCCAGCCGCGUCGUGCCAGUGUCAACAGUUUCGGGUUUGGCGGCACCAACGCGCAUGCCAUCAUCGAGGGGAUUGACCCUGUAUCAGUCGAGCAGGGGGAGGAGGGGGCUGCCGCCGCGUCACUGUCGACUCCACUCACCGUCUCGGCUGCCUCGUCAUCUGCUCUCCGCGCCAUGCUCUCAGACCUGAGCAGCUACUUGAAGACCAGGCCUGACACCAAUAUGCGCAACUUGGCCCACACACUGCAGGCGCACCGGUCGACGCUCGGCUUCCGGAAGGCCAUCACCUGCAAAACCGUCGGGCAAGCCAUCAGCAGAAUCGACGGCGUGCUCACCGACGAUGCCGACAACAGCCUGUCUUCGCGAUUCUACGACGUUCCCAAACCCAGUAUUCUCGGAAUCUUUACAGGCCAGGGUGCCCAGUGGCCGCGCAUGGGGGCGCAGCUCAUUGAGAAAUCCCCAUACGUCGGCGAGCGGAUUGCCGAGCUUGAGCGUGCCUUGUCCAGCCUUCCCGACGGCGACCGACCUACCUGGACAUUGCGAGAUCAACUCCUCGCCGACGCUUCCGGUUCCCGGCUCUCGGAGGCGGCCAUUGCUCAGCCCCUAUGCACGGCCGUUCAGAUAGUGCUCGUAGACUUGCUCAGGGCGGCAAACAUCCAGCUGCGUGCCGUUGUCGGCCACUCUUCCGGCGAGAUCGCCGCUGCUUAUGCCGCUGGCUUCCUCUCAGCCACCGAUGCAAUCCACAUCGCUUACUACCGAGGUCUCUUUGCCAAGCUGGCUCGGUCCCCGUCGGAUAGCAGCUUGAAAGGCGCCAUGAUGGCCGUCGGCACAUCAUUCGAGGACGCCUCCGAGCUCUGCGAACUGGGCGAUUUUGCCGGCCGCAUCCGGGCCGUCGCCAUCUUCCAGGACGAGGGCCGGUUCGCGCGCCAGCUACGAGUCGACACGGCCUACCAUUCGCACCACAUGGAGACGUGUGCGGCGCCGUACCUCGACGGUUUGGCGAGGUGCAAUAUCACCGUGGGCCAUGGCAAUGGCACGACGUGGUUCUCAAGCGUCGUCGAGGGCGGCCGCGUCAUGUCCAGCGAGGCCGCGCUGCAGUCCCAAUACUGGGUUGAUAACAUGACGAGCCCCGUCCUAUUUGCGCCGGCCAUUGCCGACGCCCACGCCGAGGCCGGGCCCUUCGACAUUGCCCUCGAGAUUGGACCCCAUCCGGCGCUGAAGGGGCCGUGCCUCGACACCAUGGAGGUGGCGGCUGGUCAUCACCGGAUCCCCUACACCGGCCUGCUGGGCCGCGGCAAAGACGACGUGGACGAGCUUGCCUCUGCUCUCGGGUUUGUCUGGACGCAGCUGGGCGCCGGAUCCGUCGACUUUGGCGGAUUCGAGGAUGCCAUCUCUGGCGACGACGCCUCCUCGCACCCGAAGCGCGCGGCGGUGGUGGCGGAUCUUCCCACGUAUCCCUUCGACCACCCGCGCUCGUUCUACACGCUCACUCGCUUCUCGGGCGGCACUCGCAACGUGCACGCGCCGCCGCACCCGCUGCUCGGCCGACGGUGCGUCGAGUCGGAGACGGCCGACGAGGUCGCGUGGCGCAACAUCCUGCGGCCGACCGAGAUCAGCUGGCUCCAGGGACACCAGUUGCAGGGCCAGACGGUCUUCCCCGCCAUGGGCUAUGUCGCCAUGGCCGUGGAAGCCGCAGCCGCUCUCGCCGCCGGCACCACCACCACCACCACCACCGAAACCGACCGGCGGCCGCUCGGCCUCAUCAGUCUCGAGGAGGUCGUCAUUGGGAGAGCCCUCGCCUUCGGUGACGAGUCGGUCGGCAUCGAGUCCAAGGUCACCAUGAGGACUGUUCGGUCCACGGACGACGAGAUGUGUGCCCAGAUGACCUGUCAUUCCGGCCUGCCCUUCGACAGCGCCACUCCACUUGCCCUGAACUUCAGCGCCACCGUCACCGUCGCCUUCCACGAUCCCGAGCCGGACACGCUGCCUGCCACCCGAGCCGACGAGAUCGGCCUGGCGAGUGCCGAUGCCGAGCGCCUGUACACGCAGUUUUCCAAGCUCGGCUACAACUACAGCUCGACGUUCACUGGCGUGCGGGCGAUCCACCGCAAGAUGGGGUACGCGACCGGCGACCUCGAGGACAAGUCGGGCGACGGCGUGGAGGACCAGCUCAUCAUCCAUCCCGGCUGGCUGGACUCGGCCAUCCAGACGGGCUUUGCGGCCUACUGCCACCCGCACGACAUGCGUCUCUGGGCGCUGCACGUCCCGACGGCCAUCCGCUCCGUCGUCAUCAACCCCUACUUCACCUCGCGGGGCGCGGGCAGGAUUCGGCAGUUACAGUACCAGUCGGUCUCCCGCGAGCCGUCCGAGGCGGCCCCUAUCCUGCUUGACAUCGACAUCUUUGCCAGCAGUCAGGGCCAGGGUCAGGAGCAGGGGCCGGGGCACUCGCAGCAAGCAUUCGUGCAGUUCGAGGGGCUCCAAGUCAAGCCCUUCGCAGCCGCCGGUCCGCGUGACGACGCCGUCCUAUUCGCACGCUUUGACUACAAGCUGGCCGGGCCGGACGCGGUCGCAGCCGUCGGGGGCGACGAGAUCAUGCCGGCCGAGAACGAAGCCGUGAUAGAGACCAUGGAACGCGUGGGCUUCUUCUACCUCCGCCGCGUGCACGACACAAUCACGCCCGCAGAGGCAGCCGCCGCCUUGCCGCACUAUAAGUACCUCCUAGACUUUGCCGGCCGCAUGGUGGCCCUGGUCGAGGCCGGCGAGUUCCCCAACAUGCCGCGCGAGGCCAUGGCCGACACGCCGGCCUUCAUCCGGUCGCUGGUCGCCAAGUACCGCCAGCGCGUCGACAUGCGGGUGCUGGAGGCCUCGGGCGAGCACCUAGUCGCCGAGAUCCGCCGCAACGGCAACAUGCUAGAGCAUCUCAUGGGGGACGACGGCCUGCUGUACCGUUUUUACGAGGAGGGCGCCGGGUUCGACGUCGCCAAUGUCUGGCUCGCCCGCGUCGUCGCCCAAAUCACCCACCGCUACCCGCGCAUGCGCAUCCUCGAGAUCGGCGCCGGCACCGGCGGCUCGACCCGCAUCAUCCUGCCCGUGCUGGGAGACGCCUUUGCGACCUACACGUUUACCGAUGUCUCGGCCGGCUUCUUCGAGCGCGCCCAGGAACGGUUCCGCGACUAUGCCGACCGCCUGGUGUUUGCGACGUACAACAUGGAGCAGCCGCCGGGCGAUCAGGGGUUUGAGCAAGGGACCUACGAUGUUGUGAUUGCAUCCAACGUGCUGCAUGCCACGGGCAAGAUCGACGACACCAUGGCUAACGCCAGGCUGCUCCUCCGCCCCGGCGGCUACCUGGUCGUGUACGAGACCAUCAGCAACAGCUUCAUGAGCAACAACGCCAUCUUCGGUGGCCUACCCGGGUGGUGGGAGGGCGCCGCUGCUGACUCGACUCGGUGCGACGGCCCGUGUCUCACGCUGGACCAGUGGGAUGCUCUGGCGCGGAAGCACGGCUUCGGCGGCAUCGACACGCACACCCCCGUCGAGCACAAGCUGCAGUCGUACUCGGUCUUUGCCUGCCAGGCGGUCGACGACCGUGUUCUCAGUCUGCGCCAUCCUCUUGCCGCGACUACUCCGGCUCCGACUCCGGCUUCCAGUUCCAGUUCCAGCUCCACUGACCACCUGGUCGUGGUUGGCGGGAGCACGGCGGCCGUUGGUCGGCUUGCCGAACAGGUGUGCGCGCUGCUCCGCCCACGCUACACAACCAUCACUCAGCUCACGUCCCUGGAAGAGCUGAGCACAACAAACACGCGCGGCUUGGCCCAGGGGAGCUCAGUCCUCUCCCUCACCGAGCUCGACGAGCAGUUCUUCGAGGCCCGCAGCGCGUCCAAGCUCGAGGCCCUCAAAGUCCUCUGGCGAUACGGCCGCACCGUCCUCUGGGUUACACGCGGCGCGCGGAACCAGAGUCCAUACUCGGCCAUGAUCCUCGGACUGGCGCGUUGCGUGCGCUACGAGCAGCCCCACCUCAACCUGGAGGUGCUCGACUUCGAUGUCACGACGCCGCCGCCGGCGCAGGUCCUGGCCGAGGAGCUCGUCCGCCUCGAACUGGGCGAGCGGUGGAAGAGGGAGGGCGCCAAUCUCCUCUGGGCCGUAGAGCCCGAGGUGCAUCACGUCAACGGCCAGGUGCUCGUCCCGCGCCUGUGCUCGCACGCCGAGGCGAACAGGCGAUACAACACGUACCGACGCGACGUGACCGAGGAAGUCGACCCGCGGGAGAUGACGUUGGCGCUCCAGCCCGUGUCCAACGGGCAGGCGUUCGGUCUCUGCACCGUCUCGCCGCUGCGCCUGCUUCCGGUUAUUCCGGCGGCGGUGGCCCGACGAGGCAAGGGGGGGAAGAUGGUGGUCGAGCUCCGGGUCGACACGUCGCUGCUGCAGGUCCUCAAGGUUGGCGAGGCGGGCUUCUUCAGCCUGUGCGCUGGCGAGGAUGUCGAGACCGGCGAGCCGCGCGUUGCCCUUGUGGAUGUGGCUGUCGAGUCCCACGUGCGUACGCCCGUCGAGUGGACUGUCCGCGUGCCCGAGUCGACGGGGCCUACUACUCUAGGAGCCGUUGCAGCGCACCUUCUUGCGCAGAGCAUUCUUGCCGCGGCGCCGCCCGUCGGUACGGUGCUGGUACAUGAGGCGGACGACAUUCUCAAGGACGCUCUGGAUAAAGAGGCGGCGAGGCAGGGCGUGCGGGUUGUGUUCACGACGAGUGCGGUGGACAAGACGAAGACGAAGACUAAGACUAAGACCAAGGGAGACAUUCCGUAUUCCACCUUCGUCCACGCAAAGCUCCCGAUGCGCCUGGUGCAGAAGGUCGUGCCGUCUGACGUCUCACUCUUUGUCAACUUAUCACCCGCACCCGCAACCGGUGGCGCAGAGCUCCUUGCCCGCUGCGUCCCGCCACACACGGCUACAGCCACUACGGCGAAUUUCGUACGCACACAGCCAGGUGCGUUCCCUAAUGCCGAGAUCGACCAGGCCGGCCAGGCCCUGGAGGCGGCGUGGCAGACUGUGGCCAAGAAUUCCCGGGGUUCGCUGUAUUACAAGGUCGACGUCCCCGUCAUACCAGUCCAGGGCGUAGGCCGCCACUGCGCCGUCCGCGCGUCCCCCUGUGUCAUCGACUGGACGGCCACGUCCUCGGUCCAAGCGUCCCUACGACCCAUCGACGCCGGCACCAUCUUCCGUGCCGACGGUACCUACCUCCUCGUCGGCCUGUCGGGCGACAUCGGGCAGUCGUUGGGCAGCUGGAUGGUGGCCCACGGCGCGCGCUACAUUGUGCUCAGCAGCCGGCGGCCGAAUGUGCACCCGCGGUAUAUCGAGUCGAUCGAGGCCGCGGGCGCCACCGUCAAGGUCGUGGCCCUCGAUGUGUCGCGGCGCGAGUCGGUGUACGAGUGCCAUGACGCCAUCCGCGCCGAGAUGCCGCCGGUUAUCGGAGUCGCCAACGGCGCCAUGGUGCUUGAGGAUGCGCUGUUCGACGACCUCGAGUUUGCGUCGGUAGAGCGGUCGUUCCCGCCCAAGGUCGACGGUAGUGUGCUGCUCGACGAGCUAUUUUACGAUGCGCCUCUCGACUUCUUUAUCAUGCUCACCUCGGCUGCCAAUAUCACCGGCAACACGGGCCAGUCGUCCUACGUCAUGGCCAACCAGUUCAUGACCGCACUGGCGCUGCAGCGGCGCGACGUGCGCCGUGUUCCCGGGUCCGUCAUGGCCAUUGGCAUCCUCCAGGGCCUAGGCUACUUUGAGCACACCGACCUGCUCGAGAAAGACCACUUCGGCCGCAUGGGCUACCGCGACAUCUCCGAGCAGGACCUCCACCAGCUGUUUGCCGAGGCCAUCCUCGCGGGCCGGCCCGGCUGCACGGGGAAUUCCGAAGUUAUCACAGGCGUGGCGCCCUUCCGCGACGGGGGGAACAUACAGGAGCAGCUGAGGACGGACCCCAAGUUUGGCCACUUCGUCCUACAGCACCCGGACGGCGAUGCGGGCCUCCACAAUCUGCCCGGCGGCGGCGGCGGCGGCGGCAAGUUGGCGCGCCUGCGCGCCCGCCUCGCGACGGUCAAGUCGCGCGCCGAGGCGCUCGCCGAGGUCCAGGACGCCUUUGUCGACCGCCUCAAGCGGAUCCUGAUGAUGCCGCCAACCGAGGCGGUCGACCCCCUGGCGUCGCUCAUCGAGCUGGGCACCGACUCGAUCAUGGCGGUCGACGUGCGCGCCUGGUUCCUAAAGGAGCUGGACGUUGACGUGCCAGUGCUCAAGAUCCUGGGCGUGGGCGAGACGGUGGCGUCGCUGGUGGAGGAGGCGGUGCGGAAGAUCCCGGGGACGAUUCUGGAUUUGACCAAGUCGGAAGACGACGCUCCUGCUACAGCUGUGGCACAAAAGCCCAAGGGGAGAGAUGCGGUAAUCUCACUGGAGGACCCGAGCGCCAAGUCGUCGUUGUCGUCGUCGUCGUCGUUGUCGGAUGAUACGGCUUCGAGCGGCUCGCCGGCACCGCAGCCGACGACGCCCAUGACGCCUCCGGAACCGGUGACGGGGGCCAGGACCGACGAGCCCCAUGACAAAGAGCAGCUGAGUCAGGUGCCCGAGACACAAGACCACAAAGAAGGAGACAUGUUAGCUAGCGACUGGCGAAGGGCAAUCGUCGACUCGUCCACCGAACACGCUGAGCCAAUGACUUUCGGCCAGAAACGCUUCUGGUUUCUGAGCCACUACAUCGACGAUCCCACGACGUUUAACAUCGCCUCCCUAGCCAAGCUCGCGGGCCCUCUCCGUGUCCAUGACCUCGCCAGGGCCGUCGACGCGGUGGCGCAGAGGCACGAGGCCCUGCGCACUCGUUUCUUCUGGUCCGACGACGAGGGCAAGACACCCAUGCAGGGGAUCCUGUCCAAGGCUCUUGUACGUCUGGAGACAGCCACGAUCGAGUCUGAGGCCCAGGCGAUUCAAGAACUUGACUCCAUGCGCAACCACGAGUGGAACCUCGGCGACUGGGUCACGCUUCGGAUACGGUUGCUCUCGCUGUUGGGCUCAGACACGGUGCACUACCUGCUCCUGGGCACGCACCACAUCUCCAUGGAUGGCCACAGCAUCAACAUGCUAAUGUUCGACGUCAACCAGGCCUACAGCCACCCCGGCCGUCCGCUGUCCCCGCUCCCCGACGCCUCGCAGGCCCGCGCUUUCGGCGAGCAGCAGCUCCUCGCGUACAGGGCUGGCAGGUUCCAGCCAGCCAUCGACUACUACCGCCGCACGUUCCAAUCCGUGGGUCUUGGCCGCCCCGUCGAGCUGUUCUCUUUUGCCCGCUCACAGGUGCGCCUGCCUCUCGAGAGCUACCGCAACCACCCACCGGACCGGGCCACCUCGUUCCACGGCUACCUUGCCGGUCUGCAGGCACUCGUGUUCCGCCUGCUGCCGGCCGAGACGACGGACAAGUUGGUCAUCGGCAUCGCCGACGCCAACCGGCUUGAUAGUAGGUUUAUGGGCAGCCUCGGGAACUUCCUCAACACGUUUGGGCAGGCCAUCGAGGAGGCCCGCGAGAAGGUGUACGGCGCGCUUGAGCACUCGGCCCUGCCCUUUGAUCUGCUCCUGGACGAGCUGGCCGUGCCUCGGUCUAACGCAUACCCGCCCGUGUGCCAGAUCUUCAUCGACUAUAAGCUUGUUACGAGAGAGCACGCGGAUAUGAGCUGGGCUGGAUGUAAGGUGAGCGACCAUAAGUGGCUCCUGGCGAGGAGCCCGUACGACAUUGCGCUGGAAAUCGUCGAGGAUCAUGAGAGCACCCUGGUGGUGGCCCACGUGCAGGAGGCGCUGUACAGCAAGGAGGCUACAGAUCUAUUCCUGAGGAGCUAUGUCAAUGUCCUGAGCCAGGUGGUCAAGCAGGGCGGCGACAAGGUGAGUGUAGAGAAGCUGGAGAAGUGGGACAAGGCCGAUGUGAAGAAGGCGUUGGAACUCGGGAAGGGCCCUGACCUGCCGCUCGAAUGGCCCGCCACCGUCGCCCACCGCAUCGACCAGGUCAUCGCCCAGCACCCCGACAAUGUCGCUGUGAAGGACGGCUUUGGUCGUAUUUUGACCUACGCAGCGCUAGACGAGCUGGUUGAGAGUAUUGCACGCACCCUCCGUGGGAAGCUGCCUGACCAGAGCCGAGAGCAGUCUGUUGUUGGCGUGUUCCAGACCCCAGCCGCCGACUGGAUUGCCUCCCUGGUCGCCAUCCUUCGUAUUGGCGCCAUCUACCUGCCACUGGAUCUCAAGGUCUCCAUCCCGCGCUUGAAGAGCUACGUCAAGGCGGCGCGGCCGGCAGCCAUCCUGGCCGACACCGAGACGGUGGGACGCACUAAGGAGAUCGGGGUUGAGGAUCCCGUGGCUGUCAUCAAUGUACAUGAUCUCCCCGCCACGGUUGGAGAGAGUAAGGAGCGAAUUACAACGGUAGCCCUGCCCAACCACCGGGCCUACAUCAUCUUCACUAGCGGUUCGACCGGCGAGCCCAAGGGUGUCGUCAUCAAGCAUGCCAGCUUCAGCGCCCUUGCGGAGGGCUUCGUCCGGGAGUGGGACAUGGCCACCCUCGGCCGCGUCGUGCUCCAACAGUUUGCCUUGACCUCGGACGGCUCGUUAAAACAGAUCGUGGCCGCCAUCACCACCGGCGGCUGCCUCCUUGUCGCCCCCGCUGACGCCCGCGGCGACCCGACCGAGCUGACACGCCUCAUGGCUGAGCACGACGUGACUUUCGCCGUGGCGACACCUUCCGAGUGGAGCAUGUGGUUCCGCUUUGCGCCCGACAAUCUGCGCCGCUGCACCACCCUGACUUCUGCCUGGUUUGGCGGUGAGCGGGCGCCCAAGAGCCUUCUGGACUCGUUCCGCAAUCUGAGCAAGGUGCUGCCGAACCUGCGUGUCUUCAACACCUAUGGGCCCACCGAGGCGACCAUCUCCACCGCCAAGGGCGAGGCCGAUGUGCGCGAUCCCAACCUGACCGUUCCGGUGCCGAGCCAGAUCCUGCCCAACUACGCCGUGUACAUCUUCGACGACGAGUCGCGGCCCGUGCCGGUCGGCGUGCCGGGAGAGAUCGUCAUCGGCGGCGCCGGCACUGGCAAGAACGAAUACCUUGAUCGGCCGGACCUGACGACCAGGCAGUUCCCCGCGGAUCCGUUCGCACCCCACGACAAGGAAGCCAGUGGCUGGGGCCACAUGUACCGCACCGGCGACUACGGCCGGCUCGACGCCCGCGGCCUGCUCGCCAUCGAGGGCCGCGUCGCCGGCGACGCCCAGGUCAAGGUCCGCGGGUUCCGCGUCGAGCUGGGCGAGAUUGAGGACGUCAUCAUCAGGGAGGCAGCCGGUGCGCUGGCCCACGCCGUGGUGACGCUGCGCGCCGGUAGCGAGGGCGGCGACCAUGAUGAGGUACUCACUGCGCAUGUUGUGGUGGAGAGCAACAAGGACAAGGACAAGGACAAGAGCGAGGCACAGGCAGCUGCCGAGAUAGUCGACCGGCUGCGCACUCGCCUGUCUCUCUCCCUCCCUCAGUACAUGAUCCCGGCCGUCAUCGUGCCCGUCGACCAAGUGCCCUUGACCGCCCACGGCAAGGUCGACCGCAAGGCUGUGCAGGGGCUCCCGCUCCCCGAGAUCAAGACGUCCGUCACCAAGAAACAAGAGCACCAGGAGGGCCUCACACAAACAGAGGGUCGCCUUGCCGACCUCUGGGUCGCCAUACUCCCGGCCCGCUCGUUGGAGGCUGGGUCGCUGGAGCCGCGAUCCGACUUCUUCCGCGCCGGCGGCAACUCACUGCUGCUGGUCAAGCUACAGGCUGCCAUCAAGAGCGCGUUUGGUGACGCACCGCGCCUGAGCAAGCUCAUGAACACGCCCCAACUCGGCAGCAUGGCGACGUUGCUCGAGAGCGAAGGUGCUGCCCCGGAUUGGGAUAGGGAGAUUGCGCUGGACUUGUUGGACCAAGUCCCGGCGGCAGCGGUGGCUGCAGAAGCUGCGGCGCACCAGACAAGAGGUUCAAAUCCUAACGGUGCCGGGCUUCGCGUCCUCAUUACCGGCGCUACGGGAUCUCUGGGCAAGCACACCAUCCCUCAUCUCGCAGCCGAUGAGCGCGUCGCACAGAUCGUGGUUCUAGCGAGGCCGGCCGAGGGUCGGGACCUGACCAACCUGUUCCCCGGCCUCGAAGCCAAGGUGCGCGUCGUGUCAGCUGACCUGCCAUGCCUCCCCGCCAACGACACCGCCGAGCUGGCAGAGAUCGACGCCAUCCUGCACAUGGCCGCCGACCGCAACUUCUGGGACGGCUACGGCCCUCUCAAGCCCGUCAACGUGGACGCCGCCAAGGCGCUUGCGAAGCUGGCCCUCCGCACCGGCGCCACGCUGCACGCCCUGAGUUCGGGCGCCCUGGAGGACUACGAAGCUGACAACGACGACGGCGACGACAACAACAGGUGUCUGCCGCGGCCGGACCCUGCCCAUGGCUACGUCUCGUCCAAGUGGGUGGCCGAGCGCUACCUCGCCGACGCGGCGCGCCGGGCCGGUCUGCGCGUCACGGCACAUCGGCCCACCAAGACUCCGGCGCCGGCUGAUGGUGGGGCGGCCCAUACACGGGAGAAACUGACCGAGGCUGAGGACGCGCUGGUCCGCCACUGUCUCCUCGUCUCGCCGCGUUUGGGCGUGCGACCCGACUUUGCCCACCUCGGCGGCACCUUGCACGUUGCGCCGGUCGAGGACGUGGCCGCCGCUGUAGCUGCUGCGGUCACCGCCGGCCAGCAGGGAUCCCAAGAGAAGGGCCUGCGCAUAGUCAACUACCCUGGCACGGCGAGUGUGCGGACCGAGGUCAUGGCAGCGUAUGCGGAGAAGCUUUUCAGGCAGCCGGAGAACGAGGCUGUGCAGAAGCUGCUGGCAGUCCCGGCCUUGCACUGGGUCGGCUUGGCGAAGCGUGCUGGGCUGUUCGAGUGGUUCUUGACGUCGCAGGAAUUGUUGGUAACUGAUGACGAAGGGCGAAGAGUGGUUUCAAGGCGGUAAUUCUGGAAGAACUCUAAGGCACCUAAAUAAGAUUGACCUGUGGCAACGAAGGGAAAGAAAAUAAAUUGGAUUCUUUAGCUUUAUUUUUCCCCAGGUUGUGUUGGGGAGUUGUGUUCCAAUAGCAC